AAAGUCACACAUGAUCCUCCACAUGUCGAUCCAAGCAAACAUUAAAUGACCAUCGGACGCGAAAGAUGCGCCAGAAAUCCUCAAAUAAUUACCGACGGUGCUGAAACUGAGCCGCCAGAAGCCCCGCCCACCCGCUCGCGCCCGCAACCGGAGACUCACGGAGGGUUCCGCUGCUGUCGGACUCUAUCGCUUAACGUUUGCCAGACUUGGAUAAGAGUGGACGCAGGGGCUCGGGGCCGGAGAAGGGAUUCACAACAUUAUUUCAAGCCUGUCGACAGUGGGUUGCGAUCAUCUCGUACGGUUGCGCUGAGGCUGGACACUGGUGAUGUCACUGCAAACGAGCGAGCCGGAGGGGUCCGUGAAGGUGGAACAGUGGCAGCAGACGUUUUACGCCUCUGACUCGGGGAUACAGUCGGGAGCCACGACCAUCCGCGAUGAGGAGGAAUUGGAAUGCAGUAGCAGGAAGUACACAGUCACCUCCACCGCCGUGGAGAACGCCGCAGAUCUCGAGGCCCAGUACAGUCUGACUCGAGCCCAGAGAGUACGUGCCGCGAUGUUUCCUGAGACGCUAGUGGAGGGAGAGACCGUCCUCACCAUGCAGAGCAACCCGGAUCAGCCCACCAACGUCCAGAGACUGGCCGAGCCCUCACAGCUCCUGAAAACAGCCAUCGUCCAUCUCAUCAAUUAUCAAGAUGAUGCUGAACUGGCCACACGAGCCAUACCAGAGCUCACCAAACUGCUGGCCGAUGAGGACCAGGUGGUGGUAAACAAGGCCGCGCUCAUCGUAAACCAGCUUACGCGGAAGGAGGCGUCUCGUCGUGUCCUCAUGCAGUCUCCUCAGAUGAUCGCAGCUGUGGUGAGGGCCAUGCAGAACACCGGAGACCUGGAGACGGCCCGCUGCGCCGCCAGCGUCCUGCACAGCCUCUCCCAUCAGCGUGAGGGGCUGCUGGCCAUCUUCAAAUCCGGCGGCAUUCCUGCGCUAGUGCGCAUGCUCGGUUCACCGAUGGAGUCAGUGCUGUUUUAUGCCAUCACCACAUUACACAACCUGUUACUGCAUCAAGAAGGAGCCAAGAUGGCCGUGCGUCUGGCCGAUGGUCUGCAGAGGAUGGUGCCCCUGCUGAAGAAGAGCAAUCCAAAGUUUUUGGCCAUCACCACAGACUGCCUGCAGCUGCUUUCUUAUGGGAACCAGGAGAGCAAGUUGAUCAUCCUGGCAAACGGCGGACCAGAAAGUUUAGUGUUUAUUAUGAGAAACUACAACUAUGAAAAGCUUCUGUGGACCACCAGUAGAGUCCUGAAGGUUCUCUCUGUUUGUCCGAGCAACAAGCCGGCUAUCGUUGAAGCUGGAGGUAUGCAGGCCCUCGGCCAACAUCUCACAGGUUCAAGUCAACGGCUGACGCAGAACUGUCUGUGGACUCUACGAAAUCUUUCUGAUGCUGCAACCAAACAGGAAGGUCUCGAUGGUCUUCUGCAAAUUUUAGUGAGUCAGCUCGGCUCGGACGACGUGAACAUGCUCACCUGUGCUACGGGAAUCCUGUCCAACCUCACCUGCAACAACGCACGCAACAAAGCCUUGGUCGCUCAGAGCGGCGGGGUGGAGGCCCUCAUCCACGCUGUGCUUCGAGCAGGAGAGAAAGAAGACGUGGCCGAGCCCGCCGUGUGCGCCCUGCGUCAUCUCACGAGCAGACAUCCCGACGCCGAGCUGGCCCAGAGCGCAGUGCGGCUGCACUAUGGCAUCCCCGCCAUCUCCAAACUGUUGGGUCAGCCGCACUACUGGCCCGUGGUGAAGGCAACAGUGGGUUUGAUUCGCAACUUGGCCCUCUGUCCAGCCAAUCAGGCGCCUUUAAGAGAGGCUGGAACAAUCCCCCGAUUGGUCAACCUUCUACUGAAAGCCCAUCAGGAAACUCAAAGACACGGCUCAGGAGCCCAGCAGACCUAUCAGGAUGGCGUGCGAAUGGAGGAGAUUGUGGAAGGAUGCACCGGCGCUUUGCACAUACUGGCCAGAGAUCCGAUGAACCGAGGGGAAAUUGCCAGCAUGCAGACUAUUCCUCUGUUUGUACAACUUCUGUACUCGUAUGUGGAGAACGUAAAGCGCGUCUCAGCUGGUGUGUUGUGUGAACUUGCUCUGGAUAAACAGUCUGCGGAGAUGAUUGACGCGGAGGGCGCCUCCGCUCCUCUGAUGGAGCUCCUGCACUCUCCCAAUGAGGGCAUCGCCACAUAUGCUGCAGCAGUGCUGUUCCGUAUCUCAGAAGAUAAAAGUUCAGACUACAGAAAGCGAGUGUCCGUGGAGCUCACACAUUCUCUCUUCAAGCACGACCCCGCAGCCUGGGAAAUGGCACAUGCUGCUAUGCCCCUUGACCCCGGAUACAUACCAGAUGAGCUGGAUCCAGUAUACCAUCCCUAUGGUUACUCUGAUAUACCAUUGGAUGGUCUCCCGCUGGACCCUGAGCUUCAUGAGCAAUACAUGGCAGAAAUGACCUAUGACCCUCGACAGGUGUACCCAAAUCCUCUAUAACAACACUGCCAGCAGGUCGAAUGAAGCAGAUGAACGCGGUUUCUUCCCUGCAGCAGGUGUGAUCCAGGCCGUGAAAGUGUGCAGUGCUAAAAAGAAAGAAGAAGAAAAUUCAUCACUUGCUUUGGUUCACCACUGGUUGUUGUGAUGUGAACUCUCGAGCACUGCCUAACUCAUUUCAGUAUCUUGUGCUACUAACAGAGUGACAGCCUAAAAGUGUUGGUGAUGCGAUGAGCAUGUGAUCAUAACAUGUACAUUUUGUACUUUAUAUUGUUUGUCCAAAGAUAGAAAACUAGACAUGUAGCAUAGCUAGCUGCACAGCCACGACAGGGUUUUGAUUUUUGCUUCCUGUCAAUCUGUGGCUCUGAGGUGUUGCUAUUGAGUAGAACAAAUCAAAAUAACAAAAGCAACAAAAGAACAAGUCCAGCGACUGGAACUAGGUUUUGCUGUCAUAAUCGCUAUUCAUCUCUGUCAUUGUAAGCCAACAUGAUUGACAAUGAUGCCCUGCCACAUUCCGUCUACGUGUCUGCACGUCUCAGUUUGUUAAAAAACAACACCCAUUUUCUCAGUUUGAUAAAAAACAACACCCAUUUACGAUUCAGAGGACAGUACUAGUGUAAUGUGGAUUUUUAGGGCAACGUUUCCAUGGAAAAACUUGCUUGCCUACAUUCUUGUCAUGUUUUUUUUCUUGAAAGAAACUGAUAUUCAGUUACAAGAAAAGGCGUAUGAUUUCAUGUAAUGAUGGGAUGAAAUACUGUCAAAGGCAUUGGGGGGGGGGGCGGAUGUAGACCUGGAGCAGUGAGUUAAGGUAAACGGGCGAAUUUGCUGUUAUCGUUCUGAAGGCCAGUGUCAACAGUUUAAACUUGAUGCGGGCGGCAACUGGCAGCCAGUGAAGUGAAAUCAGGAGGGGUUACAUGGGUUCUUUGAGGCUGAUUGAAAACUAGACGUGCAGCUGCAUUCUGGAUCGUUUGCAAGGACUUGACUGCAUUGGUUGGAUGGCCGGCCAGUAGAGAAUUGCAGUAGUCCAGACUAGUAGCUGAGAGGCAUGCUCCGACAGGAACGGCCUGAUUUUCCUGACGUUGUAGAGCACAUACUUGCAAGUUCGAGUGGUUGCUGCAUUUCACAACUAAUUUUGCACAUUAUACAUGUAAAACAUUUGACUCCUAUUUUGUUGAGUUUUUGUCACUGCUAUAAUACAACAUUAUAAAUGUUGUCAUGUAUUUUAGGAUUCACAGGUUUGUGAAUUGCGUAGUCUAUUUUAGAGAACCGUAUUAAAACAGUUUUUAUGUUUAUUUUAUAUAAAUCUAUAAAUUUUGCUUUCGCCUACAGUUUCAGUAGCACAAUGACAUUAAACAAAAUGAUGUUAUUGCUUUCGUACAAUAAGUAUUCAGCUUUGUUGUUUUGUUUUGCGUGAAACGUUAGCACAUACUCUUCAUUAUGCCCGAAUGAAAAUAAGGUUUACAGACCAGGACGUAAGUGCUAUUAACAUUGUAGAGAUUCUUUAAAUGGCCCCUACACAAGAACAAAAUUAUCCUGUUAAUGCUUGUUUAUACAACAUCCUAAAACUAUAAAUAUUUUUUUACUCAGAAAUUGUUUUUCAUCAUUGUACAUACUUCGACAUGCGUGCUAAUGUCCUUUUUUAAUGACAUGAAAUAUGUGGUCAGAAGAUGAUGAGUGUUUAUAGAUCUUAUACACUAGGCCUAGCUAUGCAUUUGCAGAGCUGUGGUAAAGUAUGGUUGCUGGUUGAUGAUUAUAUAGCAGCUGCAGUGUUAUAAUUCAUGUAAACAUUAUUCUCCAACCUUUAGAUAACUCUUUAAAUUCAUAUGCAUCCAAAUGUUGAACAGCACAAGAAAAAUAUUGGACUUCCAGACGAAGCACUUUCAUAUCUCAGAAUCACCGGUCAUCUGAAUAGUCUGCGUAUUUCUCACAAAGUAAAAAGAUUCUCGGUUAUUUUUUCAAGUAGAAAGAACAAUUAGCGUCAUUCAUGCAACGUUUAAUCUUUCCAUUUGAACUGUAAUGAAAGAAACUUGUUUCACUCGCUUUCUGUAACCAUUUGCCCAGAUUUAUGCUUUUUCACUGUCUAACCUGAGAAACAGGAUUCAGGCAACCUUGCCCUGUGUCAUGAGAUUACACAAACUGUGCGUUUUUGACAUGGAGUGAUUUGUGAGGUUUCAGUGCUCAAUGCAGUUAUCAAUUCAACAUUUCCUCCUGCGAGAAACAAAAAUGCACAGGAUGUACAAGAAAGUUUAACUGAAUAUGAAGUUGAUUUUUUUUUUUCAAAUAAAUAAACCGAAUGAAAUUAA